CAUCCACAUCUCUUCAUUUCUCCGUCUGCUCAGCUUCUGUUCCUGCUUCUUUUUUUGUCACAUCCCUUCAUUUUCUCCUCCUCCUUCCUUCUCUCUCCUUUUAAAAAAAAAAAAAAAAAAAAAAUUGAUUCUUCAUCUGCGACAUGCUCCUCACGUGAAGUCCGUCAACUUGCAGAGCACUGUGGAUGCCCAGUUAAAAAACAAAACAUAGAAAAGAAGGCAAAUGCUCUGUCGGGGAAUAAGAGGAAAAGCGCACGUUUGCAUCUUUCACUGAGUGCCUUGGCUUGAACGGAGCAACAGUAUGGAUCUGUCAUUCAUGGCUGCGCAGAUCCCAGUUAUGACGGGAGCCUUCAUGGACUCCUCGCCCAACGACGACUACAGCGGCGAGCACUCCCUCUUUAACUCCUCGGCCAGCGUCCAUGCCGCUGCCUCUGCCGCCUCGGUACACGGCCAACAGGAUGAGCAGCAGUCCAUGUCCAGCGAUGCCAUCUGGCUCUGGAUCGCCAUCAUCGCCACCAUAGGAAACAUUGUGGUGGUUGGCGUCGUCUAUGCCUGCACUUUCUGAUGAACAUAUGCUGACAAAGACAAACACACGCACGCACACACACACACACACACACACACACACACACACACACACACACACACACACACACACACACACACAUCCUGCUUUUUCCGGAUAUCUGGACCCCUGAGCGAGGCCACGCUUUGUAGACAGACACUC